AUGGCACCUCAAUUGCAAAACGUCCGCGACAUCAUCCCUCUCCCUCAAACACUAACCCAAACCCUCGCCUCCCUCGCCGGCAUAGGCGCCUCCGCCUGGCUCCUCAAGCUCAUCAUCCGCCACAUCCUCCUCCGCACCUCCGCGAAGCCCUCCCGCGGCCCCCCCUCCUCAGCCGGUCCGACAUUCGCCGCAAUGAGCGCCGACAAGAAGAAGGAGCUCCUCGAGCGGCCCGCCAUCAUCGUCGGCGGCGGCCUAGCCGGCCUCGUCGCCGCCUUUGAGCUCUCGGAGCGCGGUGUGCCGACCAUCAUCAUCGACCAAGAGAACGAGACGAACCUCGGCGGUCAGGCGUUCUGGUCGCUCGGCGGCAUCUUCUGCGUCAACUCAACGGAGCAGAGACGGAUGGGCAUCAAGGACUCCAAGGCGCUCGCCAUGAGGGACUGGUUCGGCUCCGCGCAGUUCGAUCGCGAGAAGGAGGAUACCUGGCCGCGCCGGUGGGCCGAGGCCUUUGUCAACUUCGCCACGGACGAGAUGGAGCAGUACGUCAAAGCCAGAGGCAUGGGUUUCCUCUUCAACGUCGGCUGGGCCGAGAGGGGCGCGGGCAUGGCCGAGGGACACGGCAACUCGGUCCCGCGAUUCCACGUCACCUGGGGUACGGGACCAGAGGUCGUGCGGGUCUUUGAGGAGCCCGUGAGGCGCGCGGCCAAGAACGGCGUCGUGCAGUUCCGGUUCCGCCACCGCGUGGACGAGAUCAUCACCGACGAGACGGGUCGCGCCAUCGGCGUGCGUGGCAAGAUCCUCGCGCCCGACAACUCGGCGCGCGGCGUCAAGACCAACCGAGACGUCACUGGCGAUUUCGAGAUUCUCGGAUCCGCUGUCGCCAUCACAUCCGGCGGCAUCGGCGGAAACGUGGAGGCCGUCAAGGCAGCGUGGCCCAUUGACCGCCUCGGCCCCAAGGUCCCUGAGCACUUUGUCGUCGGCGUCCCCGCCCACGUCGACGGCCGCAUGAUUGGCAUCGCCGAGACGGUCGGCGCAAACGUCAUCAACCGCGACCGCAUGUGGCACUACAACGAAGGCCUGCAGAACUGGAACCCGAUCUGGCCGAACCACGGCAUCCGCGUCCUCCCGGCGCCGAGCUCGCUGUGGCUCGACGCGACCGGCAAGCGUCUCCCGCCCUUCCUGUUCCCCGGCACUGACACCCUCGCGACCCUGAAGUACAUUUGCUCCACGGGGUACGACUACACGUGGUUCAUCCUCGACCAGAGCAUCAUCGCGCGCGAGUUUGCGCUCUCCGGCUCGGAGCAGAACCCCGACAUCACGGGCAAGAGCGUAUGGCAGCUCCUCACGCGCGUGUUUGGCAAGAAGGGCACCGUCCCCGUGCAGAACUUUCAAAAGUACGGCAAGGACUUUGUCGUCAAGGAUAACCUCGCGGACCUUGUGCAGGGGAUGAAUGAGCUGCAGCGCGAACGCGGCGGGCCGGUCCUGAGUCUCGAGGACAUCAAGGAGACGAUUGAGCUCCGUGACGGGCAGUUUGACAACGUGUACUCCAAGGACGCGCAGACGAUGCUCAUCAACAACGGGCGGUCGUACGCGCCGGAUAAGAGGAGUCGUAUCGCGGCGCCGCACAAGCUGCUGGAUCCGAAGCAUGGGCCGUUGAUCGCCGUGCGGAUGAAUUUGUUGACGCGGAAGACGUUGGGUGGCAUCGAGACGAAUUUACAGAGUAACGUCAUGAAGGCUGAUGGGGAAAAGUUCCCUGGUCUGUAUGCUGCGGGCGAGGCUGCGGGCUUCGGCGGCGGCGGUGUCCAUGGAUACAAUAGCUUGGAGGGAACGUUCUUGGGAGGUUGCAUUUUCUCUGGAAGAGCAGCGGGACGCGGAAUAGCGGACGAGCUUCUGGGCCCAGCCGAUAUCAAGGGGCCAAAGUCAAAUUUGUAA